UAUCCUAAGAUGAUAUUUGGUAUAUCCUUUUUUUGAAGGAGAUUUAUUGAAAAAAAUAUUAUUCAAAUUCAAAUUCAAAUUCAAAUCCCUUGUCCUUCACACAACAACAAAAAAUUUAUUCCUCGACGAGAUUCUUACUGACAACAAAGUGGAUUUUAAUUAAAUUUCAAGGUGUCCUGUCGUGUCCUGGCUGGGUUAUCUCUUUAUAUAGGCUUCGGUCUAGGGUCUUCAUUUUGUAUGUCGUGUUUGUCAUCGUCGUCGGUUGUGUGCGUGUCCAUUUCUAAUUUGUUGUUGUCAAAAUAUUUCUGAUAGUAAAAAAAAAAAAAAAAACAUCCUUCUUGAAGUCAUAUCCUUUUUGUGUCGUGUACCUUUCGUCGUCCUCGUCAUCUUAAUACCACACGAGUUCGUGAUAAGAGUAUACCACCUACAUCAUUUGUUUUUGUGAGAAUAUCCUAUCUGUGCGUGAGUUUAAUUAUAAAAAAAAAAGCGACAAGAUCCUUGAUGUCUGUCAGAAAUAUAUUAGUGCCGUUAUCAAUGUUCGAAAGGACAUAGCAAAAGCAAAAAAAAAAAAACCAAUAAAGUUUAUCACGAAAAAGAAAAUCGUGCAUAGUGUUUUUGUGGGUGAAGAAAAAGUAUCCUUAUCUUAAAGUGUUACAAAAGAGAAAUCCUUCAAAAAAAAAAGGAUACACGUAGUAAUAGAAUAAAAGUGGUGGUGUAGUGAUAGUGAACUAAUUAAACGCUUCAGGAUACGUAUUUACGAAAAUAGAAAAGAUAUGACAUGUGGUGGUGUUGUGACAUUUUGGAUAUUCUUACUAUUUUCAUUAAUUUUAUUAAAUGUUAAUCUCACAAAUGGCGGCCGGCCAGAUGAGCUACAUAUUGGUGGAAUAUUUCCGAUAGCCGGCAAAGGAGGAUGGCAGGGCGGGCAGGCGUGUAUGCCAGCUGCAAAGCUGGCAUUGGAUGAUGUUAAUAAAGAAAAGAAUCUACUUCCCGGGUUUAAGUUGAUUCUACAUAGUAAUGAUAGUGAGUGUGAACCCGGAUUAGGAGCUAGCGUCAUGUACAAUCUACUAUAUAAUAGGCCACAAAAGUUAAUGCUUUUAGCUGGAUGCAGUACGGUCUGCACAACAGUAGCUGAGGCAGCAAAAAUGUGGAAUUUAAUCGUGCUGUGUUAUGGUGCAUCGAGUCCAGCACUAUCGGAUCGCAGUCGAUUUCCGACCCUUUUUCGCACUCAUCCCUCCGCAACAGUACACAAUCCAACAAGGAUUAAACUUAUGAAAAAGUUUGGAUGGUCACGGGUUGCCAUUCUACAGCAAGCCGAAGAGGUUUUCAUAUCGACCGUUGAAGAUCUCGAAAAUCGAUGCAUGGAGGCAGGCGUCGAAAUCGUCACUAGACAAUCAUUUCUAUCCGAUCCAACAGACGCCGUUCGAAAUUUAAGGCGUCAGGAUGCUAGAAUAAUCGUAGGACUUUUUUAUGUAGUUGCAGCUCGCCGUGUCCUAUGCGAGAUGUAUAAACAGCACCUCUAUGGAAAGGCGCACGUUUGGUUUUUUAUUGGUUGGUACGAAGAUAACUGGUUCGAACAGAAUUUAGAAAACGAAGGUAUUACAUGUACAAUAGAACAAAUGCGACUUGCUGCAGAAGGUCAUCUGACAACAGAAGCCCUUAUGUGGAAUCAGAACAAUCAAACGACAAUUUCCGGAAUGACAGCCGAGGAAUUUCGACAACGACUGAAUACAGCCCUCACAGAUGAAGGCUAUGACAUUAAUCAUGAUCGCUAUCCGGAGGGCUAUCAGGAAGCCCCCUUGGCCUAUGAUGCUGUGUGGAGUGUAGCUUUAGCAUUUAACAAAACCAUGGAACGACUGAAAGAACGAAAAAAGUCCUUGCGUGAUUUUACAUACACCGACAAGGAUAUUGCUGAUGAAAUCUAUGCUGCUAUGAAUUCAACACAGUUCCUUGGAGUGUCGGGAGUUGUUGCAUUCAGUUCCCAAGGUGAUCGUAUUGCCUUAACACAAAUUGAACAGAUGAUCAAUGGAAGAUAUGAAAAACUUGGCUAUUAUGAUACACAACUUGAUAACCUCACAUGGCUGAAUAUGGAACGAUGGGCUGGUGGCAAGGUACCACAGGAUCGAACAAUAGUGAGAAGAGUCCUGAGGACGGUGUCAUUACCAUUGUUUGUUUGCAUGUGUACGAUAUCAUGCUGUGGGAUACUUGUAGCUUUAGGUCUUAUUGUAUUCAAUAUAUGGAAUAAGCAUAGAAGAGUUAUACAAUCAUCACAUCCUGUAUGCAAUACCAUCAUGCUAUUUGGCGUCAUAACCUGCCUUGCAUCAGUAAUUCUAUUGGGUAUUGAUGGUCGAUUUGUUGACUCUGAAGAAUAUCCAAAGAUCUGCCAAGCAAGAGCAUGGCUUUUAUCAACAGGUUUUACUUUAGCCUAUGGAGCAAUGUUUAGCAAAGUGUGGCGUGUACAUCGAUUUACAACAAAAGCGAAAACAGAUCCUAAGGGACUAAUUGCGAAAUCGAAGGCGAAAGCAUUGCGCAAUGCGAAAAAAGUCGAACCAUGGAAACUAUACACAAUGGUUUCCGGCUUACUGUCAGUCGAUUUGGUUAUCCUCUUGGCAUGGCAAAUAUUCGAUCCACUGCAGCGUAUCCUGGAGACAUUUCCCCUCGAAGAUCCCAUCUCAACGACGGAUGAUAUUCAAAUUCGCCCCGAGCUGGAACAUUGUGAGAGUGAAAGGAAUUCCAUGUGGCUGGGACUCGUGUAUGGAUUUAAAGGAUUGAUCCUAGUUUUUGGACUGUUUCUUGCUUAUGAGACACGUUCGAUAAAAGUAAAGCAAAUCAACGAUUCGAGAUAUGUUGGCAUGAGCAUAUACAACGUGGUUGUCCUUUGCCUGAUAACAGCACCCGUUGGCAUGGUUAUUGCUUCACAGCAGGACGCAUCGUUUGCAUUUGUGUCGUUGGCUGUGAUAUUUUGUUGUUUUCUCAGCAUGUUGCUGAUAUUUGUGCCAAAGGUAAUUGAAGUGAUUCGACAUCCAAAGGAUAAAGCAGAAUCAAAAUAUAAUCCAGACUCGGGGAUUUCAAAAGAAGACGAGGAAAGGUAUCAAAAGCUGGUUACAGAGAAUGAAGAACUGCAACGACUGAUAUCACAGAAGGAAGAAAAAAUCCGACUUCUUCGACAACGAUUAGUGGAUCGGGAUGCGAAUAAUAAACCACCAGGAGAAGGAGGUGGCGGUGGAAGUGCGGCGGGUGUUGGAGGAGGAACUAUUACAACGACGACAAAUGUAAUAGGUUCACAAGGCACCGUUAACAUAACACCGACAACAUUAGCAAUUACACAAGAUACACAUGAUCAUCAUACAUGAAAAAACGAGUCAAUUUCUUUCACGUGAUAGGUAAAUAAGAAAUAAAUUCAAUUUAAUAACAAAAUAAAUGAAAAUUAAAAAUUAAAAGAAAAUUUAAUAAAAUUAAA